GACGGCAAUUGUGUGGGAACUAUCAAUAAGAAAACAAAUGCCGUCGAUUGGCUCACUUAUGCUCAAGUAUUGGCUCGUGUCAAACAUUUUGGUGAUGGACUCAUUCAUAUGGGCCUUAAAUGUGGACAAAACACAUUCAUCGGAAUCUAUGCAACUAAUUGUGUAGAGUAUGUGAUCGCAGAAUACGGCGCUUACAGCCAAUCCUUAGUUGUUAUCCCCCUCUACGACACACUCGGACCCAAUGCUUGCCGUUAUAUCAUUAAUAAAGUGCUAACCGUUAAGGAAAUUGAAAGUUUAGGACAAAAGAACCCCAUCAAAGAUUUUGGUGAUGAGGCGACCAACAAGAAUGACACAAUGCUAUCCUUUCUUCCUUUGGCUCAUAUGUUUGAGAGGUGUUGUCAGUCUGCCGUAUUUAUGGUCGGAGGGAAGACAGCCUUCUUUAGCGGUGACAUCAAAAAUUUGGCCGACGAUAUGAAAAUUGUCAGACCAACUGUACUCGCAGCGGUACCACGAGUUAUGUCCCGAAUCUAUGAUAAAUGUCACACAAAUAUUAAGGGAAACAAAUUGAAAGAAUGGCUGUUAAGGAAAGCCAUUGAAAGCAAACUAUCGGAGCUUCAAAAGAGAGUAAUCCGAAGAAAUGGCUUUUGGGAUAAACUAGUGUUCAAACCCAUACGCAAUGGUAUGGGCGGUAAAGUGCGGCUCAUUUGUGUUUGCCCGUGUACUCUAACUGUACCUGGUGAUUAUCGAACAGGACAUGUGGGACCACCGCUUCCGUGCUGUUCAAUACGGUUAGAGAGUGUGCCAGACAUGCAAUACUAUACCAACGAUGGGAGGGGAGAAGUUUGGGUUAAGGGACCCAUUGUUUUCAACGGCUAUUUCAAAGACCCGGAAAAGACCGCAAUUGUCAUCACUCCUGACGGAUGGCUAAAGACGGGAGAUAUCGGCGAAUGGACUGAGAACGGAACUCUUCGUAUAAUAGACCGAAAGAAACAUAUCUUUAAGUUAAGUCAAGGAGAAUAUAUCGCACCCGAAAAGAUUGAAGGCAUUUACAGCAAAAGCUCAUUCAUCGCUCAGAUCUUUGUCUACGGCGAGAGUUUUAAGUCAUGUUUAGUGGCGGUUGUGGUGCCAGAAGUCACUACUCUGACCGUCUGGUGCAGGAAAAACAAUAUUAGAGGAACUUUAAGGGAUUUAUGUCAAAAUAAAGAAGUGAAGAGAGUGGUAAUGAAUGACUUGUUAGGUGUGGGCAAAAAGGAGGGUUUGCUUGGCUUCGAACAGCUCAGAGACAUUUAUCUACACUACGAGGCCUUCACUAUUGAUAACGGAUUGUUGACCCCAACACUUAAAACUAAAAGAUUAGAGAUCCGGAAAUACUUUGACCGACAACUGGAAGAUAUGUACCGAUCGUUGGAUUAACUGCAAUAAAAUGGCUCACAUUUUAAGUUGAACUAACCAAAUACUGUAUCCAUAUUAACGAAUAUUUCGUAACUUUAGUAAUA